AUGCGAAUACCGGAACUGCAAUGUAAACCAGCACGUUUAAUUGCAACUCAACGUGUUUGCACUUGGCCUGCGGAUCGCCGGAUUAGGGAUGUGGAAUUCCAUCUGAAACGAAGGAACAGACAGGGUCCUGGAGAUAGCACAGGUCUUGCGCCUCAAGCCGGCGGGGCUGCCGCAAUUGACGACACACUGGAGCUGGAGACAGAGCCGAUGCUGGAGCUCACAUCGCACGUUUGUUCCAGGCUUUGGAGGACCAUUGAAGGUUUGUCUCAUCGACAGAUGCCUGCGCGAUGCGACAAGUGA